AUGGCGACUCUUCCUCUUCAGCUCAAGUGCAAAUCGAACACCGCAAACGAUGUCUUCAAUAUCCUAGGUGACUUUGUGCAACCAACCAGCUCCACCACCCCAGCCGCCAUCGCAGAGAGCAUCGAUCGUUUGAAGCCAUCGCUCCCCGGGAACGACCUGGAGAGCUUUCUCUGGGAAACAUGGGUAGUAUUUAUCACCGUUGCAGAACAAAUCCCGCACGACCAUUGCUCGCAAGAUCGUCUGGUUGAGGUGAUUGACGCUCUCACGCAGCUGCCCUCGACAACGGUGCAGAUAUGGGGUUCGGACAUCUGUGUUUGGAAAGAUCUCCCGCUACUAGGAGCGACCAUGAGAGAGUCCUGGAGGGGCCCAACACCUGAUAACUCCUACGCUGUACAAGAAGAUGCCGAGAAGUGCGUGAACCUGAACUCAUUUGCGGCUCGUUUAUUGAAACUUGACUCGAUCUCAUGGUUCAACUUUGCUAUCUGGACGCUAAGGUCUGCUCUGGAACAAAAUCCGCCAGAGGCAGAGCUCGGGACUUACGUUAAUGCCGCCGCAGAGUGGAUCAAGUACAGCGGAAAAGUCCUAUUUGAUAUGGCAGAAGCAUCAGGAGGCGAGAAUGAAGAUCGGAUACUAUCUGCCGGGGCGCUCUACUUGGGACCGUCCAAACUGUGUUUGGAGCGAUGGGCGUUCUGGAAGCAGCGUCUGAAUCGAAUUAGUGAGGUCCCGGGGCAAAUAGGAUCCUGUUGCAGCUAUCUGUUCAUCAACAAGAGUGAUCAGGACCAAAGCACAAACUCCCGUCUUGAUGCCUACCAAGCAAAUCGAAAUACAGUGUUGACGCAAGAAAUAGAUCAACACCUCGUGAAUCCCACAGCCCAGGUGUUUCCUGAUUUACAAGUACUCAGGUCUAUUUCCUAUGACAUCAAGACUUACGCCGCAUACCAGGUUUUGUAA